GCAGCAGGCAUAGAAAUGGGCCAUCUUGCUUGAGAAGGUAUAAAAUUAUCAUCUUGCUUGUGAAGUUUUUCCAGAGGAUGUCAGGGGAACUGCCCUUGCACAUCAACAUCAAGGAACCACGAUGGGACCAGAGUACCUUCAUGGGGAGAGCAAAACAUUUCUUCACAGUGACAGAUCCCCGCAACCUUCUGCUCUCUAGCAAGACCCUGGAAGAGGCCCGGAGGGUGAUUGUGGAUUACAGGUUGGGGAAAGUGUCACCAGGCUUGACUGAGGACCAGCUAUGGCAGGCAAAAUACAUCUAUGACUCAGCCUUCCAUCCAGACACAGGCGAGAAGAUGAUCCUGGUUGGGCGCAUGUCUGCCCAGGUGCCCAUGAACAUGACCAUCACUGGAUGCAUGCUCACCUUCUACAGAACAACACCUGCUGUGGUAUUCUGGCAAUGGAUGAACCAGUCGUUUAAUGCCAUUGUCAACUACACCAACCGGAGUGGAGAUGCUCCCAUCACUGUCAACCAGCUGGGCACCGCCUACAUCAGCGCUACCACUGGAGCUGUAGUGACGGCACUGGGACUCAAGUCCCUCACUAAGCAUUUGCCACCAAUCAUUGGACGCUAUGUGCCUUUUGCUGCUGUGGCAGCUGCUAACUGCAUCAACAUCCCAUUAAUGAGACAGAGGGAGCUAAAGUUUGGUAUCCCCAUUUUAGACGAGAAUGGGAACCGACUGGGUGAGUCCAAGAAGGCAGCUCAGCAAGCGAUCACGCAGGUUGUGGUAUCCCGCAUUGGCAUGGCUGCACCUGCUAUGGCCAUCCCUCCUGUGAUCAUGAAUGCACUAGAGAAGAGAGCUUUUUUGAAGCGGUACCCCUGGCUGAAUGCCCCUCUGCAGGUUGGACUGGUGGGUCUGUGCUUGGUGUUUGCUACGCCUCUUUGCUGUGCACUCUUCCCACAGAAAAGCUCAAUGAAGGUGAGUCGCCUGGAACCUGAACUCCAAGCUCAGAUCAGAGAGAAAAACUCUGGCAUUGAGGUCGUCUAUUUUAACAAAGGGCUUUGAAAGAGGCUUCUUCGUACUACCCUGGUGUGGAGCAGACAGGACAGGAU